GUCUACUGCUGGGAACAGCUCUUAUUGCCUCGUAUCUAACGAAACCACAACCACCAUCUGAUCAUCGACAGCGACUUUGGGCAAGUAUCACGCCCGUCUGCCUCUUACCGCUCCAUUCACAAAGAGCUGGUCACCGAUGACAUUACUCCAAAGGUCUCUGCACACUGGUGACGAGCUCAUGUCCAUUCAAGCAGGAUCUCUCGCUUUCCCUAUAAGCAUCGCCGCCAUUCGAAGCAUCUAAUGGACGACACGCGCAGCACUCGUUCACGCCGCACUGCACCCAGCAACCCCAGCGAUACCAGUCACUCUUCAACAGCGGCCCCGAGCCCGCAGGUCACUGCAUCGGCGCCGCUGACAAAGGCUACCAACAAAACCACCUCACAUCACAGCCCGCAACCCAAUCCCGCUGGAGAGUCCCACCUCAGACGAAGCGCCCGUCGCUCUGCAGGCGCGUCUUCUGCCAACGACUCAAGUACUACUGGCUUAGCUGCAACGUCCUCAAGUUCAGCCAGGUAUUCAAGAGCUGGUACUCAAUCCCGUCCAACUCGUCGAAGCGCACCUUCAGCAGGCACCAUCGACAGCGAAGCGAGUCGAGUCUCUGUACUCAAGUCAACAAAGCCCACAGUGCCACACCACCAAGCUGGCAAGGUAGUGCCAGCUUCUACUGUGGCUGACAGCAUCGACUCUCAAAGUGACCUCUCCAGUGUUGGCGACAGCUCUGGAUUUCUAUCUGCACCUGCCACUCCUGCCACUGUGCUCAGCACAGCUACUACAGUGCCUUCAGCGGCAGGCUCUGCCACUUCACGCCCCGCGAAGAGACCACGGGAGGUGGAUCCUGAGGAGAGUCUAGACUCCGCUUCGCAGGCCGGUGUCGAGAACGCCACCCCGUCACGUCAGGCUCGAAGAGGAGCAGGCGGAUCCAAUUUUGCCAUCAAGAACCUCGACACUGCACCGAGCCCGUCUCACAUGUCUAGCUCAUCCAAAGCGAAAGGUAAACGACGCAGAAUUUCGCCAGAUCCACCCCAGCCAUCCACUUGCGCUACUGCAUCUGCCAAGCCAGGUACGAGCGGGCACACGGACGAGGUAGGUGGCGAAGAACAAGGCUCUCAGGGCGCUUCUUAUAAUCUGCGGCCUAGACGCUCCGGCGACGUGUCUGGCUCGAACAUCAGAACAGUCAUGGCCCCUAAACGCCACUCGGGCGCCGGUCCCUCUAGCAGCAUCUCGCCGACUGGCGCCCUUCCUGGCUCGAGCACCGCUGCCAAUGCAAACGCAAAGGGCAAAGCCAAGGCGAGAGCGAGUCGAAGCACAAGGUCUGCUGCACGAAACGCAGUCGACCCCGUGGAUGAGUGCUCUGACAUGCGCUUGGACACUGCCGCGAAUGAUGCGGGCGACGCUAAUGCCGAAGAUGCAGACAUGAUGGACCUCUCGGCGGCCUUGGCUGGUGACGACGAGCUUGAAGCGCUUGACCCAAGUCUACACAAUCAAGACGAAGACGACGAGGAUGAUGAAGACGAAGGUGUCGGUGAGAAGGAUGAUGAUGAAGAGGAGCGUCGCGCUCGAGAAGCGGAGGAGGCCAUGGUUGAAGACGACGACGACGAGGGACCUUAUGAGGACGAAAUGGACGAUCCCUACGGCGAUGGUGGAGGUGGCGCUUACGGCUCUACUCUGCGCGCAAUGGCGAGCUUCAUGAGCGGCCUACCGUCACGAUUCCGCGCGCUUCUAGCUGGCAUCAAGGACAGCAGCGAUCCGUCAGCUCAACUCGUGGCGUUGCAGGAACUGAGCGAGGUGCUCAGCAUGAGUACCGAGGAUCAGCUCCAAGGUUACUUUCCUACCGAGUCCUUCGUGCGCGAGCUCGUUCAUCUGAUGGGGGGACCCAAGCCUGACUCGGGCACGAAAUCGAAAUCAACGUCGAGCGCUGCAGUCGCGAGCAGUGUGGAUGACGACUUGGCCGCGGUUGCUGCAGCGACUGGCGAAGGCAAUGACGAAGCCAUGCUCAUCGCUUGCCGCUGUCUGGCCAAUCUGAUAGAGGCGAUGCCUUAUGCUGCGCAUUCAGUAGUCGGAUGCGGAGCCCUUCCCGUGCUUCAUUCAAAGCUCAAGGAAAUCCAAUUCAUCGAUCUUGCAGAGCAGGUCCUUUUGACACUUGAGAAGAUUUCCGCCGAGUAUCCGUCUGGCAUUGUGCGAGAGGGCGGAUUGCUGGCCAUGCUACAAUACAUCGACUUCUUCGGCAUGCAUGUUCAACGCACCGCUAUGCAGGCGGCUGCAAAUUGCUGUCGAAAGCUCAUGCCAGAGUCGUUCACAAUGGUCCGGGAUGUCUUGCCAAUCAUUCAAAGCGUUCUCACGUAUCCAGAUCAGCGCUUGGUGGAAAGCGCUUGCAAGUGCGUCGUGCGCAUCAUCGAUAGCUACCGACACCGUCCGGAUUUGCUCGAGCAAGUUCUCACCAGUGAGAUGGUUGCCGCUCUGAAUGCCAUUCUACUUGCGGGAGGAGGCUCUGGAGGCUCAGGCUCAGCUGCCUCGUCAACUGGAGCCGCAAGCACAGCUGUCAGCACAGCCACUUACACCGACAUCCUCAAGACGCUCGGCCUAUCUGCCCAUUCCAGUCCAGAGGUAGCGGUCAUCCUGCUGGACAAGAACAUUGUGGAGACUCUUUACCUGCUUCUCACCGGCUCGCCCGCUCCUGCUGAAGAUGGAUCAGGCGGGCGCGGUCCCGCAGCGAGCCUGGCGCAGUCAUUGCAAUCCGAAGGUGUGACUAAUUCCGCAGAGUCAGCUCCGAUGGCCGUUCUCGCGACCGACGUGGAGCCUGGCGCAGAAAGCGUCGCGGAAGGCACUGCAGUGGCGGAUGUAGCUGUAUUACAAAACCUGGCCCAUCGACCCAAAGAGCAGAUCCAAGAAGCUCUCUCGCUCGUUUGCGAGCUAAUGCCACCUUUGCCUCGAGACGGCAUCUUCGAUGCCCGUGCAUACGGCGAGAAGGCCUACGCGAAAAGGAAAAAGUCGCAAGCCAAAGCUGCGAGAAACCUGCGCCACGCCAGUCGAGCGGCCAAAGGCGAUGGAUCAUCAGCUAAUGUUUCUGAGACAUCAGUCAAGCAAGAGCCCGACACGGAUUCGCCACCGCCCGUUGCCCCUGCUUCCGAUGCUCGAGCUGCUGGUGGGUCAGAAGCACCAACAGAAGCAUCCAGCGCAGCUGCGCCGGCAGUGAAGACGGAACGUGUCAGGACAGAGAAAGAAUUGGCACGCGACGCUGCGCAAGCCAAGCGCAUGGAGAUGCUGAAUGAGAGACGUGCCCUUGUCAAGCGCUUCACUCAACUAGUGCUUCCUACCCUGGUGGAGGUAUAUGCUGCUAGCGUCGCUCUCCAUGUGCGAACGAAGGCACUUACUGGUAUCCUCAAGAUUGUCAGCUUUGUGGAGGCCGAGCCAUUGGGCCAGGUCCUGGAUAAUGUCCCGCUAGCUAGCUUCUCCGCAGCUAUCUUGUCAUCUCGAGACAAUCCCGCGCUAGUAUUGAGCGCGCUUCAGCUCGUUGACCUGCUCAACACCAAAUUGCCCAGGGUUUACAGCGCAGCUCUCCGCAGGGAAGGUGUCGUGUGGGAAAUAGAGGACAUCGCUUCUCGCGAACCCGCGCGCUCGAUGUUGACAAAGACGUCCCCGAAGGAAAAGGGUACCGGCGCUGACAAAGUAGAAAGUGCUCCUGCUCCUCCCGUCGCCGCGACAACCUCUGGGUCUGCAGCAAGUGACUCUGCCAAAGAAGCGUACCGAGCUCGCCUGGUUGCUGCUGGUCACUCACAAGAAAGCGCGUCAGCCGCAAUCGCAGCACUUGGACUUGGCGCCAAUUCGCUGUCUGCGUUGGGACUUCCAACCAAAGCACCAGUACUGCCAACUGAUGCAGACGACGCCAACAUUUGGCGUGCGCGCAUGAUGCGGGACCGUUUCGCCGAGGAAGUCAGUGCUAGUAGCGCAGCUGACGGAUCUGAAGCGAUUCGCGCUCUGGACCAUCUCAAGGCUCUCGUGCAGUCCCUACAAGGCGAUGCGACCGAGGUGGUGUCCAAAGCGGAAGACACGCUAAAAGCGAUUGCGUCGCAAUUGUCGCGAAAGGAUUCGCCAAUCUCGAGUUUCGAGUUGUUACGAUCUGGUCUUGUAACUGGCCUUUACAGCUUCUCAGUGGGCUCUUCGGAGGCAGUGCCGACUCUGAAACGCCGCGAGCUCCUUGUGACCGCUUUGAUGAAGCGUACGGAUUCUACGCUACCGUCCCCAGCCUCGUCCCUCGUUCGCCGGCUGCAAGAGACCUUGAGUCGGCUCGAAAAGUUCGACAUUACAUCUGCGCUCAGUGGCAGCGCUGACGACACGCGACGCAGUCCCACAGCGAACGUGGCUCGCUUGGUCAGACUCAAGCUUGUUGCCGAAGGAGAGACGAAAGAUAUCCCGCGGAGCUGCAACAACAUCGUCGUCAGCAUUCACGCUAUCGCUGCAUUUCGAAAUCUGAACGAGUAUUUGCGACCGAAGAUUGCCGCAGCUAUGUCCAGUGGUGGAUCUGGUGCUCAGUCAGCUGCAUCCAGGCUGUCCGGUAUGCUAGCAGCAAUGGCUGCUGGCUCCGGUGCUGAUUUUGGGAGUGACCUGGGCUUCUUGGCCGGCUCUUCGCGCACCAAGGCUUCAGGAAGCUCCGGCGAAGCUGCAGCAGCCUCCGGUGGCGCAUCAUCCAGCAAAGCGGAAGAUGCGAGAGCAGAGGGCGGCGAAGAGGCUGCCAAGCCUCGCAGAAGUUCGCGGCUGAGCGCCAAGAGUGCUGGAGAGAGCGCCGGUGAUGGAACAGAAGGUGCCGGCGCUUCUGGCAGUGGAGGGGACCACGAAACAUCAGCACAUGCUGCGCUUGGCGAGGGCAUCUUUGGCGGAGACGAGGAAGAUGCUUCGCAGCUCGCACGUCGCAUGCUGGAAGGCAUCAUGAACGGUGACAUGGAAGGCGAUGACGGUUACUCAGACGAUGACGGGUACGAAGAGGAUGUGAUCGAGGACAGCGCCGCCGCCGCCGCCUUGGAUAGCGAGGCUGCACUUGCCUCUGGAGAAGACAAGACGGUUAACCUGAAGGUGCCGGCUUCUGGAGAGAACAGCCAGACCACAAGCGGGCUGCAGACACCCGCAGAUCAAGGUGCAGAGUCAAGCACACAAACCAACAAGCCUUCAGGCGCUUCACCCACCAAGCGCGCCGGUCAGUCGGCGGUCGCAGAGUCCAAGGGCUCUUACGCGUCGGCUGUGCAAAAGAAGCCAACUGACUGGCAUUUGGAGUUCAAGUUUGACGGCAAAGACGUAUCGCUGGCGUCGACGAUCUAUCAGGCUGUUCACAACUUUGAGAUGACACCCGCAAGGCAAGCGAGCGGUUUGGGUCGAUACGUAUGGAAUAAUGUGUACACGGUGCGCUACAAGAAGGUAGAGGGACCGCAGCCAGCGACCGAUGACGCUGUGCAAGGGACGCCAGAGCCCGUGGAAGCGGAAACGAACGAGGUACAACUGCCCUCGUCGGUUCCAGCGGAAGCCCCAUUUGCCAAAAUCUUACAGCUGCUCAGUGUGUUGCACGACCUAAACAGCGAGUGGCGCGAGAGCACAGGCGACUCGCAGCAUCCUGGUGAAAGCUCGGCCGCAACGCUGGAGGAAGUAGCUUUUGUCAAUAACAAACUUACCGCCAAACUCAAUCGGCAAUUGGAGGAGCCGAUGAUCGUCGCGAGCAGCUGUUUACCUGGGUGGGCGACUGAGCUACCGCGCGCAUUCCCAUUCCUCUAUCCUUUCGAGGCGCGAUACUCGUACCUCCAAAACACAGCGUUUGGCUACCAUCGUCUAAUUUCGCGCUGGCAGGUGCAGCAAUCGCGAAAUCAAGACUCCUCGUCUGCAACUUCGAGGAACGACGACUCGCUUGCGCUUCUGGGCCGCCUUAGCAGGCAAAAAGUCCGCAUCCAGCGGAGCAACAUUUUCCCUUCCGCCAUGAAGGUCUUGGAGCUCUAUGGCACAACUUCCGCUCUGCUUGAAGUCGAGUACUUCGAGGAAGUUGGCACGGGUCUGGGACCAACGCUCGAGUUCUACGCGCUGGUGUCUCGCGAGUUUGCCAAGAAGUCUGUACUCAUGUGGCGCGACGAUGGCGGCGGCACAGAAGACAGCGAAUACGUCUCUUCGCCGCUAGGUCUGUUUCCCACGGUGCUCUCGGCAAAGGAUGCGGAAGCCGCGUGCAGCUCGCCCAAUGCUUUUACGACGGCAUCUUCCCCGGACAAGUCUGACGCUGUCAGGUUGCAACAAUUCACCGUGCUCGGACAAUUCGUCGCCAAGGCUCUGUUGGACUCUCGCAUCAUCGACAUCCACUUCUCACCCGUUUUCAUGCGUCUGGUCCUCAACCAGCGUCUUCCAGAGACAGUUGGAAUGCUCGCUGCAGUCGACCCCAGCCUGGCGCGGAGCAUGGACAAGCUACGCGGUCUCGAUGAGGAGACCCUCGCCGGAAUGGGUCUCGACUUUACUCUACCCGGACACCCCGAAUACGAGCUGAAGGCUGGCGGCAAGGAGAUCGCAGUGGAAAGACACAAUCUUGAAGAGUACAUCCAAGGGGUCGUUUCUCACACACUCGUGCACGGAGUAAAACCCUUCGUGCGCGCCUUUAGGCGAGGCUUUACUCUGAUCUUUCCCAUCUCCGCCAUGGCGUCUUUCACAGCGGAUGAGCUCGUGAUGCUGUUUGGCAACACAGAGGAAGAUUGGGGCGAAUCCACGCUCCUGAGCGCCAUCAAGCCUGACCACGGCUUUAACAGCGAAAGCGCGGCUUUCCGAGAUAUCAUCAGCAUCAUGGCAUCGUUCGGCCUGAACGACCGCCGGCGCUUCUUGCAAUGGCUCACAGGAUCGCCGAAACUUCCUAUCGGUGGUUUGGCGGGACUACACCCUCAACUUACCAUCGUCAAGAGACCGCACGAAGCUCCUUUGACACCGGACGAUUACUUGCCGAGCGUCAUGACUUGCGUCAACUACCUCAAACUGCCAUCCUACUCCACGAAGGAAGUGAUGCGUGACCGACUCGAGACGGCCAUGACCGAAGGCGGCACAUCGUUCCAUCUGUCGUGAAAUCUCGGUGUCAUUCUGACCAUCCUGCACGCACGCCGCUCUUCACGCUCGAUAGGAUUCGAGCGACACAUAGAUGUUACCUUCUGGAUGUUCAUGUUCGAAACAAGCUUCUGCAUCAGCACUCUGUGACGCGCUUGGCUCUUCCCUGUCCGAAAUCACGAUUCCUCCCACAGCGUCAUGAAGCAACCUCUACACGCCAUGUCUGCCCCCUCCUCCGACCCCAGCCACGCGCGCAGGAGCGCACCAUCCAUGUAUCCAUUUGCCCCUCACUCCUCCCCAAGACUCGCAAUCUGAACCAAAUUUUCCUCGACA